AACUGCCUCGUCCGCCAUCUCAAUAACAUGGAGACGAGGACCAGGCAUGAGGAAGGUCACAAUUUGAUGGGGCCGAAUAUUGCUGCCUCGGCUAACAAAUGUCUGGACUCAUUCCAAGAAUGCCUCCAACGAGCUUCCGCUGUCCAUGCCCGGGAGCUGUCCAUGGUGGAGGAUCAAGUUGCAAGGUUCUCUACCUGGGCGACAGCCAUGGGAGUAUUUGCCCCUGAGCGAGCAUCUAUGGACCAUCGCCUCCGCUAUGCCCCCGACGUCCGGGACGUCGUCGAUGGCCUGCUCGAAUCUCUAAGAUACCGCGUCCGAGCAUGUUCGGCAACACUUGGCUCGAUUGUGGAAAACACGCAAUCCGAGUCCUUGAGUGCCCAAAGUGAAGGAUUGAAACAAUCCUUCGCGCACAUCGGGACCGAGAUCAGUCACCUCAACAAGAUUUCCAACACCAUUCGGAAAGCGAGCAAAGAAACCCAUGUUCAGAAAGCGGCCGACUUUCGGAUUGAGGAUGAAGACGGCAACGACGUAGAACCCCUACUCAGGCGUGUUUUUGAGCACAACGUCAGCGACUGCUUCCCCAACGUCAGCCCCAAUAUCCGACGCCGUCUUGUCGAUUCAAUGAUCUUACGCCGGAAACUUAUCCUGUACCGAAGACAUCGCCACGGGACUUCUGCUAUUCGGCCCCAGAAGACUGUUCCCAAGGCUUUUGUUGCACUGCCGUCUGUUCAGACAAGCCUCUUGGCUAACGAUACAGUGGAACCAGGUAACAAGGCACCUGUCAGAACCCCGGCUUUUGCAUAUGCGGCUUCCCAGGUUCAAAGCGUCACAACUUUGAACCCUCAAAACUUUACAAAGGCCUCUUCGAGCUUAUCCGUGGUCUCCGAGAGCAAAACCAUCGCGUUGAGCAACCAUGAAGCUCUUGUUUUCCCUCCAGCACCCGGUCUCGCUGCCAAACGGAAGUACGAACAGCUGAGGAGCCGACGAGAAGCCGACCAAAAGCAAAGCAUCGAGGCAAGCGGAAUGUCAGUUGACGAUAAGGUAAACAAUGAGAUUUCAGACAAUUACGGCCUCGACACCAUAGGCGAAAUCACCUGCCCUUACUGCCUUUACGCUCUCCCAGCUGAAGUCGUGUUUGAUGAGAGGAAAUGGAGAAACCACGUAAAGAACGAAUUAAAGCCAUACGUUUGCCUUUUCGAAGACUGCGACCAAUCUGAUAUUCUCUUCACUCACAGUGAUGAGUGGCGAAGCCACAUGGACCAACACUGCAGGUUCUGGCGUUGCUCAUCCCAUCGUGGCUUGGGGUCUUUCUCAACCCGUGAAGAGUACAUGGGCCACAUGCGGCAAGACCACAAUACAACGCUCAGCGAUACCCAACUCCGAGCUCUGGCGAACCGUAACGCGCGGAAGAUAGCCGACAUCUUCACCAUGUGCCCCUUAUGCGGAAUCGAUAAAAAGACAGCCGGAGGUGAUCUGGAGAGCCACAUCACCGGACAUCUGAGAUCCUUGGCCCUCAAAUCUCUGCCAAGUUACGAAGAGGAGAUGCAAUCAGAAGACGAAAACGACGAGCAAUCUUCCGAACACUCAAGACAGCAGAGCAGAAGCACGAUCAAGAACCUGAUGAACGGCAGUGACGUCUCUGGUUUACCUCUCAUAUGGGUUCAAAACAACGAAGAGAUGGGAGAACCCGAAGACGAAAACGACGAGAAACAUUCCGCAUUCUCAACACAGCAUAUUAGAAGCUCGAUCCAGAGCGUUAAGGACGACAGUGGCGUCGAUGACUUUACUUUCCUGCUUGAUUAUCCACUUUACGAUUCUAUGGCAGACGUACAUGACCUCAGAGCAAGUUUUGAUCUAGAAUCACUAACCCCCGAGCACGUAUACAGAUCUACGCGUGUUUGGGAAACGGAUCUCCAACGUUUCCCGCCAAAUGAAACCCUCGAUUUCGACGAACAGCUCACUAUGCCCGGCUCUGAGUCUGAGCUUGAGAUGCUCGGCGCCGAGUCGAUUCUAGACUAUUUCCCAAGAGAGGGGCAUCUUUCGGAAAACGAGUUGAUAUAUACAGAGGCUUUCCCUGACCCAAGUCGGUUGCCCGCGCCUCCGGUGGAGAGGCCCCGAACCCGCAGCGCCGAAAUAGUGAGAUUUCUGGGGUCCUGGGAAGAAGCCAGAGGGCGGGAUCUUCAGAGUGAAGCCAACAGCUCAUCGUCAAUCACCUCCGACCCAAGUCGCCUCGCCUUGCGAAACCCAAAGAUACUUUGCACGGAAUGCGAAGUCCCUUUCUCUGAAGAGAACGCCUAUCAAAAACAUAUGAAAGAACACCACUUCCGUCCUUAUGUAUGUGUCUUCAGCUUUGCUGGCUGUCCGUCUACCUUCGCCAGCAAAAACGAAUGGAGACUCCAUGAUGUAUCCCAGCACCUUCGCUACUGGGUCUGCGCCCAGGAAAAGUGUGCAGAAAUCGAAAAUGACACCCUCGCAACGAGCCGGUCCGUCUUCCCUAACGGCGCGGUAUUCUCACGAAAGGACCUAUACGCCCAACAUGUUCAGCGUAUGCACGUCCCGCCAAAUGUUCGCAAGGCCCAGAAGCAGAAGAAACCCACCCCUGAAUGGGAUAAACACCUCGAAACUUUGCAGGCAAAUGCAGAGAGAACACGUUACAGCCGCCUGCCAAACGACAUGACAUGAGAUGCCCUGGCGUCGACUGCAAGGCUGAAUUCAAGGGGGUAAAAGCCUGAGACGAGCGCAUGGAGCAUGUUGCCCUCCAUCUUGAGCGUGCUGCUGAUGGCAGGGAGCCUACGGUGCAGUUUGGUGGAGAAAACGAUCCUUCAUUGACGGAUUGGGCGUCAAGCCUUGCUGUUGGUGUCAUUAAGUGGUCAUGGGUGACUGGCAAGUGGGAUCUUGUCAACCCACUCAAGCCCUGAUCUUUUUGUUCCAAGUGCCGAUUACCAUGGCUGAAAACUGAAUACAAGGCAUGGUCUACGGAUUUCCCAUGUGGCUGAUAUGGCAUGGGCGACUGGCACAGAAGGGUUGGGAAUAUUUACACGUCCAUUAUGCUUUGAUAGGUGACGGGACUGAGCGGGGGCUUGCGGAACAGAACGUGAUGGAGAACCGUUGCAUGUGGCCAUGCUUUUCCGGGAAGAGACCUGGGGAGUAUCCGGGUACGUUGAUGGAAUUUGAGCUCCAACCGCGACGACCCGAACUUGGCAGACGUGGUCAGGCCAGCAUUGGCCGACAAAACAUCACGCCACUCCCCAGAUCGACCUCCAUCGUGCGACAUUGCCAUCAUCA